UUAAAAGUUGAUUUUACUGCCCCUUUAACAAAGGGUCACUGAAAUAAAGAACGAAGGAAUUUAAUAGAAAAUUGCAUAUUAUAAUGGUAUUUAUUAAUAUGUUUAUCUGUAUUUUACAUUGGGUUAUUAGAAAAAGUGAUAGGAUUGCUAAACUAAACCCUUUCCACUUCUUCAGUGUGGGGCUUUCCAGGUGGAACAUGCCAGAAUGUUGUCUGAGACCAGACAUGGGACAUUCCUCAUUCCCAUGCAGCAGCAGAAAAAUAAAAGGCUCACAAAGAGGAGAGAGAGCAGAGCAGGAGCAGCCAAAUAGGGCAAAGACAAGGUCACUUGGUCACCGACUUUGUCUUAAGACAAAGUCGGGCCAAACGGCGAAAAAGCCAAAAUAAAUAUGGUGCUGGAGCGCUUAAAGGAGAGAUGUUUCCAGAGAGAAAUCCACCACCACAUCACUGAAGCAGAGGAGUUUGUCUUGAGUCGCUCUCUGAACAUCUGGAGCCAAAAUCAAAGAAUCUGAAACUCUGAAUUAAUUGUGAGGCAGGAUGAAUGUUUUGAAUGUUUUUUCAGAUGAUCAGUGAACAUUUAAUUUGAUGCACACUAUUUGUUUUCAGGUGACCAGAGAGAGGAAUGUUCAGCAGUUUUUGCAGGAAUCCAUUUCCUUCACAAGAACAUCAGAUUUCAUUUUCCAGCCUGCUCUGCGGGACGUGACAACUGCACUGCAGGACAUCCGGGACUCUGAGGGAGAGAGCUGCUUGGUGAAGGAGGCCAAGAAAUGGGCAGCCAAGGCUGCCAAGGACUACAAGAUCGCCACUCAUGGGGAAAGGGCUCUGGAUGUGCUGGAGAGUCGAAGGAAGCUGUUGUCAGGGGAGACGGGGCUCAGUGUGGAGCAGAAGAUCACAGAGGUUCAGGAGAGUGUCAGGAAAGCAAAGCUCAGCAGGGUGAAGGCGGAGGCUCGCCUGGCUCUGCUGGCCCUCAGCGUCACGGGGACCCAACAGUGGCUCCACAAUGCCAUGAACCAGGCGGAGGAGGAGCUGGAGACAGAGCGGCAUCUCAGCGAGCAGAGGAGGUCCACAGAGGAGUUUUCAGAGGAUGAGUUUGAGCUGACUGACUUUGAGGACUAUGACGAUGAGAAUGGAGACAUAUUUGCAGACCCAGUUUCGGCCUCUAGAGUGUGUGUGUAUCCUGCAGCCUGCAGAGUUGUCUACAGCUAUCAGGCGAGCCAAUCAGAUGAGCUGUCAGUCACAGAGGGGGAGGAGCUUCAUGUGGUUGAAGACGGAGAUGUGGAGGACUGGCUGAAGGUGUGUAACUCCUGUGGCCAGGUGGGGUAUGUUCCUGAGCGCUAUGUGCAGUUCCAGUGUCUACCAGCAGAGUACGCUGCUCAGCUGGACAGCUCCUUCAGCUCCAGCUCCUCCUCAGGGAUAAAAGAGAAGGCCACCGGUGUUGUCAAAGCUCUGUACUCCUACCAAGCUCAAAGUGCAGAAGAGCUUUCCUUCCAGGAGGGAGCGCUAAUUCGUCUCAUACGCUGUCUACACGGAGAGGUAGAUGAUGGUUUUUGGGAAGGAGAACUAGAUGGGCGAAUCGGUGUUUUCCCGUCAUUGCUGGUGGAGCUCCUGCAUGAAGAAGAAGAGGAGGAGGAGAAAGAGCCUCUCCAUACUGCAGCUAUAUGUCCCUGCUCACCCCCCAUCCCAAUUCCCUCAGCUUCUGCUGGUGACUGUGCAAACAUUACUACUACUCCUCCUGCUGGUGUGGAGGACAAACAGCAGUCUGUUCACAUAGAAGAGUCAAGGGUUGCUGAGGCUGACACUAGAGGCCCCACUCCUCUAGAGUUCCCCAGCGAUCGAUUAAGACCAUGUCGGGCUCCCCCUCCUCCGCCAACGAGCUCCAUGUGGGAUGGUUGAGCUACACAGGAAAUAGUGACUUAUUUUGAGCCAAUCACCUCAUGCCUCAGCAGACACUAGUGGUGUUCUCACUGGCAAAAUUGAGAAUGCAACAGACACUACAUAGGUUUCUCUGCAAUGGACCUGUUGAAAAGUCAGUAUAUGCACACCCUUUAACAGGUGAAAUAUUAGAAGGAUCAGUGUUUAAAAUACAGUUAACGGAAUAUCCAAAUAGAAAAGUUAAUAUUUAUGGAGUGGCGUUUGUAAAGUUACACAGUCAAAGAACAAUAGCAAUAAUUUGGAUUGGUUAGUACGGUGGCCGACAGGUGCAAAUGCGCAGCAACAGAGAAAACAUGCAAAAAAAUAGAGACGCAAACAUAUGAAAUGCAGCAAGCAAGAAGAGAUGACGCAAA